AUGGCUUCAAAGGCCAUCCAGAGGGCUGCUGGGAGGACAACGCCUACUAUGAAAGGCUUAACGUCCCCCACAUCCAUUCUGAAACGGCCACCACCUCUAGUCUUGUCACCAAACCCAUUCCCAUUCGCAACAAGCGCUACGGUGGUCGUUUCGCCAAGCCUAAAGUCGCCACACGUCCAUUUUCCUCCAUCCGCUUCCCUCACCUCAACCUUCGCCACCCAUUCGCCAGAUUCUUACGAUCGCACGGCUAUUAUCGUAUCCCCUAACUUCCUUGAGCUUCCUGGUCGAGGAGAUAGGGUAUAUUCGCCGACCUUGGAAGCUUCCGGAUCCCACGAUAAAGUGCUUACAUCGCCUUUGGAGGACGGGCCAUUCCAAGGGGACAUCGGUCUCGAUCCUCCAAGGCGAUCUAAACGCAGAUCAAUCCUUAGGCAACUAGAUGUACCGCAACGAUCUCCCGUCAACCUCGCGAAGGCUCUGAAGACCUACCCGCGUUCUCCCUACCCAACGGCUAAUUUUAUCGGUCUUGAUGUCGAUGCAGAAGACUCAGACGCUGGAGCACCUCGUCCCCAGAGAAGCAGCUCUGUUUGUGGAGUAGUGACUCUUUUUGACACAGGGAAGAGAGGUAGGAAGGAGCCCCGCUCGCCAUCUUCCACGUCUCUUCUCUCAUCUCCAUUGGAUGGGGAGUUUAUUCUUAGCCAGCCGUCGACGUCGCUUCGUCAAGAGUUCUGGCAGUCUGUCUCAUUGAGCGAAGAACAGGGACACGAUGUGGCGUCGACACCUAGGGCCUCCGAACUGCCAUUCGUGUUCGCAACGCAGGACGGGCAGUUAUGGUCCCCAGGCAUUCCCAGGCAUGGUGACCACUUGAUCACUACUCCGACUGUAACCGAUAAUAAGGCAUUGUCGAGAGUCAUGUCUCCCAAGCCAGAUGAUCCCUUUGCUGCGUUCCCUUCCUUCUCUUCUGUACUUUUGUCUAGUGGGGCGAACGGUGGUGUCAUUACUUAUCCUCCGCCUGUGAUAACUGUGUCGGAGAAAAGGCCUCGGGCAUUGGCGAACGAAUGA